GGCCCCGAGGCACAGCGCCCGGCGAGCCUGCCAGCGCCGGGGCUGGGCGGGAUGGCGGGCACGGCCGCUGUCCCCGCCGCUGUCCCCGCGGGUGUCCCCGCGCUGGCCGCCGAGCCGCGCUUCGCCCAGCGCCUCAGGCAGCGCCUGGAGGAGCAGCGGCUCCUGGACGGGCGCUACGGGCUGCAGCGGCUGCCCGGCGGCCGCGUGGCGCUGCCCGUGCUGCCGGAGCGGCUCCCCGAGCUGCGCCUGCCCUGCGAGCUGCCCUGCGAGCUGCUGCGCGUCCAGGACCCUGUGCCCUGCAGGGCCGCCCGCCGCGGCACGCCGGCCCGGAGGCUGCGGGACGAGCUGCGGCGGCUGCUGGGGCCCGCCUGGUGCGCCGAGCUGGAGCGGGACGUGCCGCACGCCUGGCACAGGCACGGCGACCUGGUGCUGCUGAGCGAGGACUGCUUCAGGGCCGAGCCCUGGGAGAGGCUGGGCUCGGCGCUCUGGGAGACGGUGGCCUCGGCCCUGGGGGCCCGGCGGGUGGCCAGGCGGGGACGGGUGAUGCCGGAUGGGAUGCGCAGCCCCAGGGUGACCCUGCUGCUGGGCCAGCACGGCUGGGUGGAGCACGUGGACAACGGCAUCAGGUACACCUUCGACGUGACCAAGUGCAUGUUCUCCCCCGGAAACAUCACCGAGAAGCUGCGUGUGGCCUCGCUGCCCUGCUCCGGGGAGGUCCUGGUGGAUCUCUAUGCAGGCAUCGGCUACUUCACGCUGCCCUUCCUGGUGCACGCCGGAGCCGCCUUCGUGCACGCCUGUGAGUGGAACAGCCACGCCGUGGAGGCGCUGCACAGGAGCCUGCUGCUGAACGGGGUGCGGGAUCGCUGCCGCAUCCACAGCGGGGACAGCCGGCAGCUGCAGCUGCGGGACGUGGCAGACAGGGUCAACCUGGGGCUGCUUCCCAGCUCGGAGGAGGGCUGGCCCGCGGCCUGCCGCGUCCUGAAGAAGGACACGGGUGGGGUUCUGCACAUCCACCAGAACGUGGAGAGCCGCCCGGCGCCGCGCGGCGCCGAGCUGCUGGCCGGGCGCGGCUCCGCGGGGGCACGGCGCCCCACGGGCCUCCGAGCCGAGUGGCAGAGCUGGGCCGAGGGCACGGCCGCGCGCAUCCGGGGGCUGCUGGCAGAGCUGCACGGGCGGCCCUGGCGCAGCAGCGUCCUGCACGUCGAGCCGGUGAAGUCCUACGCGCCACACGUGCACCACCUCGUGCUGGACCUCGAGUGCCGGCCCGUGCUGCCCGCUUAGCGGGGCACGGCACGGCUGGGGCUCCAGCUGCCCUGGGAGGGUGCCCGGCAGUGUCCUGCUGCCAGCCUGGGUGUGCCUUGUGUCCCCCGGUUCCCGGGUGGCAGCACUGCCCAGCAGUGCCUCCCCGUGCCCAGGGAACCAAGGGUUCUGCUCCCCAUGGCACACCCCCUCGGGAGCCAGACCAGGAUGGAGCAAGCUGGGGCUCACAGUGUUCUGCCCUGGCUCUGCCCAGGUCUUGGACACGUGGUAGCACCUUGAGCCCAGUUUUCACAGUGCUGAGAGGCCUUGGGCUCCUGCUGGGUUCAUUUCAGCAGGUCAGGGACAAGCUUUGUGCUUGUAUUUACCAGCACGCUUUUAUAAUGUACUGGAAACAAGUCUGUUCAUCCCGUUUCCUUCCUAUCUUUUCAGAAUAAAGGUGUUUCACCACCUCUU